AUGUCGGAGAAAAGCGUAUUUGACAGGUCCGAAGACAGCAUAGAAAAGGAGUUGAUGUCCGGAGAUGCCGUGUUUCGGCGAAAUUGGUGGGGAAUCGGUAUAGCGUUGUUAGUGAUUUUGGUAAUCGCCGCAGUCAUCGCUACCAUCGCGGCAUUGCUUACAACGGGGAUCAGUGAUAUCGACUCGAGAAUGUCGCCGUUUACGCUAACAGACGUUUCUUUCAAAAACCUUAGUGGUUUCGACAGUCAGAUUCACUGGGUUCAAGCUGUCCUCGACCGCUAUAUCACUGUCAUCUUCUGUCACACGUAUUCGUUUCCUGAGUUAUUUGCAUGUAGUCAGUGUAUUCAGAUGGCAUUAGUCGAUGGACAGCUAGAUUAUUUUGUUGUAGGAGCUUAUUUUAGUGAAGAACUACCUGUCGGUCCUACGAAGAACGGACGCGAAAGGUUGUCGUUGUUUUCUUGGAACCCUGCACACGAAAGCAACGAUUUUGUAUUUGUUUACAAUAACAAUAUUUACUAUCAGCCAUCGGUGCAUGAAGCGGCGAAGAUGAUCACUACGACUGGCUCGUUUAACGUUUACAAUGGUGUGCCGGAUUGGCUGUACGAAGAAGAAAUACUGUGUAACAGCGUCGCUCUGUGGUGGUCUCAGUCAGGUGAACAUUUGGCUUUUGUGAGCUUCAAUGACUCACAGGUGAAGAAUAUUACCCUCAACUACUACGGCAGUAGCCAGUUUUCGUCAGAGAGGGUGAUUUCAUACGCGAAGGUGAACGAAAAUAUCCCGCGAGUGACUCUGUUUGUCUGGUCGAAGUCCAGCAAAACCAUGAAGGAACUGAAACCGCCAGCCGUUGUAUCUGACCUGAAGGAAUACUAUCUUCUUCGGGUGGAGUGGAUGAGACAAGAGAAUCCGCGUUCGUUUUCGGCAGAAGGCGAGAAGUUGAUUGUCACGUGGACGAAUCGUGCUCAGAACCAACUUUACGUUUCGUUGUGCACCAUUUUGACUGACCACUGCGUUGUGAAUUACGUGCAGAACUAUUCAAAUUACUGGGUGGAACCGAAUGCAGGCAGCGUGCAGUUUGCCAGUGCCGACAGCUACUUUGUCCUGUUGCCUCGGUGGCAUUCACCAGAUGUUGGAUUUUACUCCCACGUUGCCGCUGUUACUGUUACGAAAAAUGGCCUUUUCGGUAGAAGUCGUUUCGUAACCGGUGGUGCGUUUGAGGUUACUCAGAUCGUAGGCUACAACGAGGCCAUAGAGAAAAUCAUUGAUGCUUUGGAGUCUGACCCUUCGAAGAUGAAAUGCUUGAGUUGUACGCUAGUGCCUGACAAUUGCACCUACGUGAACGCCCUGUUCUCUCCGGACUCUUCUAACUAUGUUUUGUAUUGCCUCGGUCCCGGCAUACCUCAUACUUUACUGUUCUCGGUCUACAGAAACGACACAGUGAUGCUGAUUGAAGACAAUACGGCUUUACGAGACUACGCUCGCAAAAAGCAGUUUCCUCUUGUACAGUACAAAGAUAUCAGAAUCACUGAUGAGUUCACUGCUGUUGUAAAGUUGUUACUGCCGCCGCAGUUCGAAUAUACGCCAUCCAGACAAGUGCAUCCGGUGAUUUUGCGAGUGUACGCUGGGCCUAAUUCUCAAGCUGCGCUGGACAUUUGGCCACUUAUGGACCAGAAGGGGCUAUUCGACGCGUUCUUGGCGACUAGUCGUCGUUACAUUAUUGUCUACAUAGACGGACGUGGUUCGGCAUGUCGAGGUUCCCGUUAUUUGGAGGCCGUGCACAAGAACUUGGGUGACUUUGAAAUCGCUGACCAGUUGACUGUUUUCAAGUCCCUUCAGGAAAUGAAUUUUUUCGACUGGUGGAAAACCGCUGUGUGGGGCUGGUCUUAUGGCGGUUUCGCGACAGCUCGUAUUAUUCAAGAUGACGCAUUCAGAACUUUCUCCUGUGCCACUUCGGUUGCACCCGUGACAAAUUUUCUUUUAUAUGAUGCCACCUACACUGAGCGCUACAUGGGACUUUACACUUCGUCGAACGUUUUGAAAUACAAGAAUACAGACUUGACGAAGAACGUCUCAGCGUUCGGCAAAGGCAGUUAUCUUUUGGUUCAUGGCACUCUUGAUGACAACGUUCAUUUCCAAAACAGCGCACUACUUGUCGAAGCAUUGGUGAAAGCCGGUGUUCAGUUCCAGUUUAUGAUGUACGCAAACGCAGACCAUUCCCUUAACAACAAUACGUUGCACUUUUUCACGAUGCUGGACGACUUCUGGAAUAAAUGCUUCCGCCAGAGUUCCGCCGCUACGGUCUAG